CAGAGGACUGCUGCUCCUCUGCUCCCAGUACCUGGCCGUAAAAUCAUUCACGGCCAACCACGGGCUUUAGUUCUUCCUAGUAUCACUGAAUCAGAAAAUGAUGCCCUUUCGGAUCCAAUUAUACGAGAGGAGUCACCCUGGGAUACUUUCAAGCAAUACUAUGAGUGUGAUCUGGCUGGCGCUGUCAUAGUCUCUGUCCGGCACUCUGGUCAUCGCGAAGCCUUGGCAGUUCGCCAGUAUCGGGGCCAAGAGGCUAGCAAGAUUCUGCAGGUUGUUCGCCGCAUUCAGCACGACAAUAUCGCGUCAGUGCAAGAAUUCUAUAAGACCACAAAUGCCCUUUAUACUGUGGGCUCAUUCCAUCCGCUGACUCUGGACCAUGUGGUCGCUUGCAAAGCAUUUCCUGACCAACAGCAGCUUGCUGCCAUUAUGGCUCAGUUUCUGGAGGGAUAUUCAUAUCUAGUCACCCAUGGAUUCCAAAAUCCCUCGCUUGACUGCUCUGGUAUCUUGAUGAGCAUGGCAGGAGAUGUUCAAGUCGCACGUCUUGAUUGUUGUCGAGUUCGACCUCCGGGUAAGGUGGAAGCGAUUGAUCUGGCACCUAUUGCAAGGGUCAUGAUGGAAUUGAUGCAAAAAUAUGCUAAAGAUGAUGGAAACAUUGGCAUUGAAAAUCUUGAUCGCUGGCCAAGUGAUUGCCCGGCAGUUGUGUUUCUCUCCGCAACGACCUCGGUUGGCUCGUUCGAAGAGUUAAAAAAGGUUUUUGCUCCC